CCAGGCACAGGCAUCUGCUAACGCUCCCCAUGUCUCGUGCCGCUGCUCUCUGAACAUCGCUACACAUAGUCACCUUGUGAAUUUCGGCCCACAUGCGGCUCAGCAACACGUCGCGAGCAGAAAGCGAGUAUACAGUCACCUGAGUAAGACAGAAGCAUACGACUCCGCCCGCCGAGAACGACACCAUGCCAGCACCACCACCCCCUCCGCCGCCCCCGCCGAUGCCUGGCAUGGCUGGUGGGCCACCGCCUCCACCUCCGCCGCCGCCUGCCAGUUUACCCGCGAGACCUGCUGCGAAUGAGGUGAAAGGAAGAGGUGCUCUGCUUGGAGACAUCACUAAGGGCACACGGCUGAAGAAAGUUGGCGUUGUCAAUGACCGCAGCGCGCCUAUCAUCGACAAACCAAAGGACUCGGGCGGACCACCUAUUGGAGGCGCGCCACCUGUUCCGGGAGGACUGAGACCUGCUCCAUCAGGUGGAAACAGAGCUCGGAGCAAUAGUGAUCAACCAGGAAACGCAGCAGCAGGAGGAGGCGGUAUGGAAUCAGCACCGCAAUUGGGAGGUCUCUUUGCGGGCGGGAUGCCGAAAUUGAGGAAGACGGGCGGAGGAGUGAACAUGUACGAUUCGGAUCCAGAGACGAAUGCCAGGAAGGUCUCAGCACCGGUCUCGAGUGCGCCCUCAAUACCGAAUGGACAACCGCCUCCCAGACCAGGCGCAGCGCCGCCGCCGCCUCCGCCGGGCUCCGCACCUCUCCCACCCUCGGUCGCUGCGCUGAAGAGCAAUCUGCGCCCUACCAGUUCACUAUCUCUUGACAGCGAUGCACGAUCGAAACCAAAGCCUCCCCCGCCGAUUGGCAAGAAGCCUCCUAUUCCUCCUCCAGCAUCGCGGAAGCCAUCUGGAUUUGCUUCCAAAUCGAUGCUGAACCUCCAUACACACGAUCCUCCGCGACCAUCGUCCAGUCCUGCUCCUUCAGCAGCCCCUCCACCUCCACCGAGCGCACCUCGACCUCCUCCCGCGCCCCUCGCACGACAAGCGCCAACUCCUCCCUCAGCGCCCGCAGCACCUCCUCCACCUCCAGUCUCACGGAUAAGCAAUGUCAAGGACGACGAUGACGAGUAUGAUCCAUACAAUUACAAUUCGAGAUCUACGCCACCCCCUGCUCCUCCGCCGCCUCCGCAGACGAAUGGCGCACACAAAGAAGUGAGCUUGGCACAGCAGGCUGCCAUGAAUGCCUUUGGAAUGAACAAGCAAGCCAGUCCAGCGGCAGCCCCGCCAGCGCCACCGCCGCCCCCUCCUACAGCUGCUCCGAACAGGCCUGGUUCAGUGCCUCCACCAGCGCCGCCGCCACCUCCAAUGUCGCGGGCAGGUUCAUCACCUCAAGGCCCUCCACCUUCUCCUCUGAAAGCGAGCACACCAGGUGGAAUGCCAACUGCGGGAGGUGUAUCACUGGGCUCCGAUGGACCAGGGAGGAUGCCUUCGUUCCCGGAUGCCGCCAGCUAUACAUUGACGAAUGGGAAUCGAAGUCGAGCAGAUAGCGGAGCUAGAAGCUCGGGAGCGCGGUUCACAGUACAGGACUCCAGAUUCAAAUUUCAGGACGAUGGGCAGCUACCCAAACCACGAGAUUUUGCUGGCGGACCAAAGAGGUAUCGUGCUGGGAGGGGAAGCAGUGUGCCAUUAGAUUUGAAAGCUUUCGAGUAAGAUGCAGGAGCGUUAUUUGAGUGAAGCGUUCAAGCCGGCAUUUAUUACGUCUGAAUGCGCUGAUGCAUUCAGAUGGUCAUCAAAAUGGUGUACAUAACCAUAGCGUCGGAGACAGUUUGCGCUGGAACACAGCACAAUUCAACAAUCAAGACAAAGAUCAACUCGCUUUUGAAUUUGGAUCUCAAACUAUUCGCUCAAGGGAAAGCACAAA